AUGAAGAGAAAUGAAGAUGAUGGUGAAAGGUUCAUAACAUUCUCUGAAAGAAAAUCAGGUAUUUACAAGAAAGCUAUCGAGCUGCACGUCACUUUAUGUGGAGAUGGAAUUGGCAUACUGGUGUUUUCAUCAGCUGGCAAGCCCUUCUAUUAUGGCCAUCCGUCCAUUGAAUCCAUUACAAAUAGGUGCCUGCGCCAUAGGAGUUUGCUUAGACGUGUAUAUGAGAUUAAGAUUAGAGCUUCUGCUUCGUCCUUGCCUUCAACAAAUCCUGCUCAAGCAACUAAUCCAAUUGCAAGUUACAGGCAUGAAUACUUCAGAAAUGAAGAUGACCAUAAGAGAAAUGGCAACAUUUCUGUGAACAAAGUAGUUGGUGUUUAUCACUGUGCAGUUAUAUGA